AUGAGCGAAAGAGGCUAUGACAGUGAUGCGCAGUUCAUUUCCACUCCGACCCACAUUGCGGACAAUGUAAAGGCUGCAGCCAGUAUUGGUCGUGAGGGUGUACUUCCUGCGCAACCCUACCCCAACGAAGGGAACAGUUUCUUGGCAAAGGACGGCAAGUGUCCAGUUUAUCAGCACACAGAAGUGUCUCUCAGCUCACCAGAGCAUGAAGGCUGGAGUCCGCAGGCAAUGCAUGGCUUUUUCAAAUCCCACGAACCCAAUGUCCAAAGUCCUAAAGCCAGAGGGAGUCCUCGUCCUUCCGCGAGCCUUAACAAUCGAGCUUCUUCCGGUGAGAACAAUGCGAACUGCGGCCUUGUCCCAGCUGCUUCGGCUUCAGCAGCAUCCCUGAACAUCUUCGAAGGCAAGGACAUCAUCACUCCUACCCUUCAAGAACAGUCAGGGUCUCCUGGUCGUGGCUCUGGCACACUACUCCAUACUUUCAAUCUGGUUAGCCCGUCCACAGAGCGCUAUUCGGAACUUCUCAUCACAAAAAGAAGACAACGACACCCGACAUGCGAAGACCAGUCGAUCCACCUCGCAGACCUUGGCAUCUCGAAGAUGCUUGCGUCUGCGUCAACUUCACCUGUUAUCUUAUCACCUAGUCAAUCAAGCUACGAGGACCCACACAGCAGCACCUCCGGUAUUGGGACUACGCAAUACCAAGGCGGUGGCAUUGGUCGUCCCGCUAGGAUACUAACACCGGUCUGGGACGGAGGAGUAUUAAAGCUGGGGGUGCAAGAUGCAAGGCAAGCGUCUUCAUGCUACUCUCCCAGGACAAGCUCUGCGUCCGCGGACGUUCCAGCGAAUCUUGAGAAGAGAGAAGUCAGCUGUAGCAGGACACCUUUCGCUGCUCUUUCCUCUAAUUCUUCAUCUCGAAGCGUAUCACUCCUGGAAAAGCAUGUUCCGUCCUUGGAUUGUGGCUCUCUUGGCAAAACAGAUGCUUUGAAGAGCAGAUUUACCGAACAGUUUGAUUUGAACCGGUCCAUAACCUCCCUGGGAUCCGUUGCAAUGCGCAGUGGAGUGACGUCGCCGCGCAAAGUCAGUAUUGGAUGGAUGUCGGGAGGGCGACGUCUUGGCUAUGGAUAUACUGUGGUAGAUGGAGACACGUACGAAACUGCUGAGAAAGACUCCGGCAAAGCAUCGUCCACACGAUGGGAGUCGCCGAACAAACCCCCUAUUGCGCAUAUUAUUGAUCGUUUGAGAGUUUCCCGCUGGUCUGGCGCAACUGCUCUCAUCAGGCCUUCAAAUGCCAGCGACUCUGCGAGUUGCGACUCUGUCGUCAAUUCUCGCUCCUGGCGCAGGUUCGCAGUUCGAAGAAAGAAUCUCGCCGACGCUCAAAUGUCUGAUAACCGAAGAGUUCCAUGGAGUCAGAAGCCUACAAAUUGCUCGAGCGACUGUGCGGGUGAGCGUCAAGCAUCGGGGCACUAUGCGCAAGCCUUCAAUGAGAGUCUCCGGGAUAGUUCGAUGGAAUCUGCGAGAGAACUACAGUCAUCACACAGUCUACGAAUGGAACAGCACAAUCAUAAGCACAAAGGACAUAGGCAUACAUUGACAAAAGCGAAUCCUAGCUGUAACACCAUUGGUCGGAAGAAGGGAGCACAAACCAUGAAAUUGAGGUCCCCUAGUCGUAAGAGAUGCCGCGAUACUGCGAGCGAUGGCGUGUCACUGUCUUCGUCAAAGCAUACUGUGAAGAAGGAGAAUUCACACAGUACUCCCCAAGACAAAGAAGGAUGCAUAAUAUCACAAGAUGCUCUCGAACGACCCAAUGUCCAGCACUCCUAUGCGGAUAAUGAGGAACACCACCUCCAAUGCGAUGACGCGGAAACAACCCUCGAUGAUUGGGCCAGCAAGUACCAAGACUGCCUCGAACUGUAUUCUGACCCAGAGUGA